GGGGGACCCUUUGUGUUGCCGAGAACCUUGGCUCUUGCUUUCUUCUUUCUUUCUCUCUCUCUCUCUCUCUCCCUCUCUUUUCAUUCUUCUUCUUUGUACAAUCUGCAAUACAUUUGCACAGAUACUCUAAACUGUAAUCGGACAUGGGUUUCUUUGACGAAUUUGCUUCAAGAAACUUUUCGCUUUACGCGCAAUGGUUGGGUCUCAUCUCUUUGAUUUGUAACAAUCCUAUCUUUGCUAUUAUUGGAUGGGUGUUUGCAUUCGUUCUGGUCUUUGUUGAGAUCCCAUUAUGUACAAAGUUCUGCCCUACCAGCCCCAAGUUUGAUAACUUUGUUGCCAAGUUUGAAAACUCGUACUUGAGAGGAGCCAUGUACCUGAUUAUGGCCAUCGUCAUGUUCCUUUCCACCCUCAUCAACGAAACUGCAUUAAUUGCACCAGCAGUCACUCUGCUGUUGACCUUUAUUUCUUAUGCUAUUGCGGGUCUGAAGCAACAGCCUCAUGCUAGCUCCAAGAUGCUUGGUGGCACUGGUGUCGAUAAUGUCGUAUAAUUCUCCCGCUUGUUUUUUGAGCUACAAUGUACAGAAACCUCUCUCUCUUUUCCCCGCUUAUUAUAAAUCGCUUUAAAUGAUGUAGUACAAUACAUGCAACUUGAGCCCCGUCAUCUUUUAUACG